GAUUGGAAAAACUUGGAAAAACCGGAGGCGGGAAGGCCAGGAAUGGAGACUCAGCCUGGGAAGGAGGCGGGACUGAAGGAGGGAAUGCAGAUGCGGGCCGCCUUAGCCUCCUCUUCCAGCCAGUCCGCGGAGCUCCUUUAGAGCAGCCCAGCUUCUGCCUCGACUUCCAGCGGAGCACCCGAGGCGGUCCAAGGGUGCGUGGAGUUGGUGGCGGAUUUUUCAAUGACCAACUUCUUCCCUGCCAGUCUCCUUCCUGUGGCGUUGCUCGGCGCCGCCGCCAAAGCCCUCCGUUUCUCCCGCGGUUCUUUUACAGAGGCUGGGAUAGUCCUCGGCGGCUGUCGGCUUUGCCCUGGUGAGGCGCUGUAGGGACCGGUUCUGGUCUUGAGAAGGCGGGCGUGCUUCUGCAGCCUCUCGGAGAAGGAUUAGAUAGACUGAAGUAUUUUGGUCUAGCCCUGCCGCCGCCUCAGCAGCCAUGGGACUGCAGCCUUUGGAGUUCAGCGAUUGCUACCUGGACAACCCUUGGUUCCGGGAAAGGAUACGAGCUCAUGAAGCGGAGCUGGAGAAAACCAACAAAUUCAUCAAAGAACUGCUCAAGGAUGGCAAGACGCUGAUCGCCGCCACCAAGAAUCUUUCAGCUGCCCAAAGAAAGUUUGCUCGUUCACUGAGGGAUUUCAGGUUUGAAUGUAUUGGUGAGGCUGAAACAGAUGAUGAAAGAUGCAUAGAUGCAUCCCUUCAUGAAUUCUCUAACUUUCUGAAAAAUUUAGAAGAACAAAGAGAAAUAAUGGCCCUAAGUGUAACUGAAACUCUCAUCAAGCCUCUGGAAAAAUUCAGAAAAGAACAACUUGGAGCAGUAAAGGAAGAAAAAAAGAGGUUUGAUAAAGAAACAGAAAAGAACUACAGUUUACUGGAGAAACAUUUAAAUAUGUCAGCUAAAAAGAAAGAAGCACAAAUAUUGGAGGCAGAUAACCAAAUCGAGCAAAACAGAAAACAUUUCUAUGAACUGUUACUUGUAUAUGUGUGUAAACUGCAAGAGAUACAAGAAAGAAAGAAAUUUGAGUUUGUGGAACCUGUCCUGUCAUUUUUUCAGGGUAUGUUCACUUUCUACCAUCAAGGAUAUGAACUUGCCAAAGAUUUUAACCAUUACAAAAUGGAUCUGCAGAUCAAUAUCCAGAAUACAAGAAGUCGUUUUGAGGGAACAAGAUCAGAAGUGGAAGACCUCAUGAACAAAAUCAAGCAAAAUCCCAAAAAACACAAAAGAGCAAAUCAAUUUGCAAUGGAGGGUUAUCUUUAUGUGCAGGAAAAAAGACCUGCACCAUUUGGUUCCAGUUGGAUAAAACAUUAUUGCAUGUAUAAGAAGGAGUCAAAGAAGUUUACUAUGUUACCAUUUGAACACAGAGCAGGAGGAAAAAGUGGUGAAUUGGAAGUCUAUGUACUUCAGAACUGUACCAAACGGAAUACUGAUUCUAUAGAUAGGCGAUUUUGUUUUGAUAUGGAAAUAUUAGAGAGAUCUGGUAUGCCUCUGACCCUGCAAGCAUUCUCAGAAGAGGACAGGAACCUGUGGUUUGAAGCCUUAGAUGGGAAGGAAACUGUGUUUCUUAAUUUGAACAAGGCCAAUACACAAAAAGAAGGAAGUACACAGCUAGAUAAGAUUGGAUUCUCAAUUCUCAGAAAAUGCAUUAGUGCUAUUGAAAGAAGAGGUAUAAAUGAUCAAGGACUGUAUAGACUUGUAGGGGUGAGUUCAAAAGUCCAGAGACUUCUGAAUUUGUUGAUGGAUGCAAAAACAAGUGAUGAAGUUGAUUUGGAAGGUAAUACAGAAUGGGAAGUGAAGACAAUAACAAGUACACUGAAACAAUACUUAAGAAGCCUGCCAGAGCCCUUAAUGACGUAUGAGUUACACGGAGAAUUCAUCACUCCUGCUAAAAGUGGUAGCCCUGAGUCUCGUGUUAAAGUUAUCCACUCCUUGAUUCAUAAACUUCCAGAAAAGAACAAAGAAAUGCUUGAUAUUGUUGUGAAGCACUUAGCAAAUGUUUCUGAUCAUGCUAAGAAAAAUCUCAUGACUGUGGCAAAUUUAGGAGUUGUGUUUGGACCGACAUUAAUGAGGCCACAGGAAGAAACAGUGGCUGGUCUUAUGGAUCUGAAAUUUCAGAACAUUGUGGUGGAGAUUCUAAUUGAAAACCAUGAAAAAAUUUUCCACACGUUGCCUGAUGCUUAUUUCCCUGAGCCAACCCCUGUGUCAAUCUCUCCUCCAAAUGCUCCACCACGACAAUCAAGACGACAGGGGCAACGUAAUAGGAGGCCUCUUGCUGUAUAUAAUCUCUGUCUGGAGCUGGAUGACAGUGACCACCUUAGCCCUGCCAAAAAAUGCACACGCUCAGAUAGCAUGGAUUCCCUGUCUUCUCAGUCUCCCACAACUGCUGCUCCUACCAGCCCUCAAGACACAGAGAAAAAUAAUCUUAUAACUGACAGUGGCAAUCUAUCCAGUGAGGUUCAUUCAUCAAUGGUUUCCUGGAUAAAUCUAAAAUCAACUACAGCACAAAGUCCAGUCACAACAAACCUAUCAUUUUUAUUUCCGUCCUCUACUACAGAAACUGACAGACCAGUUGGAAGAAAAGCCAGGGCAGUAUAUCCAUGUGAAGCAGAGCAUAGUUCUGAACUGUCUUUUCAAACUGGGGCAGUUUUUGAAGAUGUGCAUCUUUCACGAGAACCUGGCUGGUUAGAAGGAACUCUAAAUGGGAAGAGAGGACUCAUUCCGCAAAACUAUGUCCAGUUUCUUUAGUUUUCUUCUGAAUGCUUGGAAGAUGUACAUGGUAUCCAUGGCUAUAGACAGAUAGACAUUGUAUAUUGCUUUUCUAGGCCUCAGAAACUUUUAAUCAGUAAAAAUUUAAGAUUAAUAUCUUAAUCUGUAUAAAGAUUUAACUGCAGUUGCAUGUAAUUUUAUAUGUAGAAGGGAGACAGAGAAGGAAAUUUAAUUUUAUAAAUAAUACUUUGUAAAGAUUUAGAGUUGUAUGUAUGUUUGCAUGUAUGUGUUUGUAAGAACUUGAAUCAAAAAGCCAUUUAAAUUGUUAAGUCAAAUACCAGUUAAAAAAGAUCAUAAAACUGUUUAAUCUGCUUUUGUAUUUUAAAUGUGAAGGGUAUAAAACUUUGGAAAGUGGACUCAAAUAACUUCUUUGCAAAUAUUACAAACCAAAACUGUUGGGAAAUAUCCAUAUGGCCAAUUCGUUGCGAAGGUUGUAGUUGAUCUAAAAAAGCCAAGUUCUUCAAGCUGAGCACAAGUCCAGAUGACUUCAGGAAUGCAGCCAUAUAACUUACUUAGCAGCAGCAUGGAAAUGGUUUGCUGUUGCCUUAUGGGGUUUUCUUUUUUAUUUCUGCUGUAAUCUCCAAUCCAAUCUUUAAGGACUCCAUCUGAGUACUAACCAGACUGAAUCCAACGUAUUAAUUUGGAAUGCCCCUUAGUUUGAAAAUGAAUACAUCAGAUGGAAAAAAGGAUGAUUUAAAAUCUACAGAAGGAAUGAAUCAGAUGUAAUUUUCAAAUGUCCAAAGUAUAAAAAUAAAUUAUUCAAAUUAUGUAGUUUCACUUAAAUGUGUGUAUACAUUGAAUGCAAAAGCUUAGGCAACACUGCAUGUUUUGGUUAAUAACUACCAUGUUUCCCCGAAAAUAAGAUGCAGCCUUUUUUUUUUUUUUUUGGCACCAAAAGACGCAUUAGGGCUUAUUUUCAGGGAAACACAGUAUCAGAGAAAUCAGCCCGGCCGGGCGCCCCCCCCGGUGCAUGCACAAUGGUGUCCAGCUCCAGCCUGCCAGCCCCUUUCACAACGUAGGUAAGUCCAAGCAUGGAGGCAGGGGGGAGCAGGUGAUCCAGACACACAGUUCGGCUGUCUGGCUUGCGGGAGGCUCAUGCGGCGGCGUGAGCAGCAGGAGGAAGCAGAAGUACAGGGGGAAACAGAAAACCUGGACAACCUGUGCAGCCGUCUGGAUCACAGGAGGCGCGUGGGGCGGCAAAGGCAGAGGCAAAUGGGAAAAGACAAGCGAUGACACACCACACAACCAUCUGCCCAGUGCAGCCGCAGACAAGCCAACAGAUGGAGGGACAGAGUGGGUGACAUGUCGGGAUCAUCUGCCUCCCCCCAUCCUGCUGUUUCCGCCUUCUGGUGCUGCCUCAUGAGCCUCUCGUGAGCCAAGCAGCCAUGCAACGCAUCCAAAUUGCCUCUGCCUCUGCACUUGGACUUACCUGUGCCCCAUGGGCAGCGGCUGCUGCCAGACACUUUCAGCCCCACCUGCUUGGUGCCUCCUGUGGUAGCCAUACUCAUCCCCCAGGCUUAUUUUUGGGGUAGGGCUUAUAUUAGUCCCACCCUAAAAAAUCAGGCUAGGAUUUAUUUUCUGGGUGGGUCUUAUUUUCAGGGAAACAUGGUAUGUGGACAAAAGUUGAUAUUUCUACAGGAUACAAAGUUAAGUAAGCAUUUUACUGAAAAUUUAAAUGCAUGCUUACUAUAUAUGCAUCUGUUUACUAAUUCAAAGACAAUGAAAAUUGGUUAUGGUAAGUGCAGAAGUUUGGAUGUUCUUUCAUCAGUUAGUCAGUCAGUCAGUCACCUCUUCAACAAGAAAAUGAUUUCCAAGUGUAGACAACUACAAAUUUUUCUCUUUGUGUCCUUCAAACUUAUAUUACCUUCCUUGUAGAAUUCUUGUAGCUCAGAAAUUUCCUUAGCAUUUCAGUAAUUUCAGUUUCUUUUAUGACUAGACAUUAUCUUCUAGAUUAUGUUGAUGGGGAGUUGAAAGUUCUGCCUUCAGUAUUCACCAUUUUAUUAUUCUAUGUAAUCAACUACACACAAAUAAUACGUGUGCAUUUAAAUUUACAGACCUAUUCAUGUAUAACUUUGUACCCUGCAGAGAUUUGAGUCAGGUUCUCUUCACUAAGGAUUCAUUAAAAUAUAAUUUAACCAGG